AUUUUUCAUGUUGUAAAUAAAUAAAUAAAAUUAUUCGCCAUUGCUUCACCUUCAUUCCUUGAAUCACUGCUCUCAAUUUAUACAUAUAUAGUAUGUUGAACAGCACGUGCUAUUCCACUUCUAGCAUCCAAUCACUUAACCCCACGUGUCCCUCUUCUCUUAUCUCCACUCUUCAUAAACCUGAGAUUCACUAUAUUAGUCAAAAUACAAGAACAAGAAUUGUUACUUAUAAUACUAAAAGAAGAAGAAGAAGAAUGGCUAGUGUUGCUGCAAUGAAUGCUGUGUCAUCAUCACAAGAAGUUGGAGUACAAGAUCAAAAGGAGUUGAAAAAAGGAAUAGCAGAAUUAUAUGAUGAAUCAUCUGGUAUUUGGGAAGAUAUUUGGGGUGACCAUAUGCAUCAUGGUUACUAUGAACCACAAUCAUCUGUUGAAUUAUCUGAUCAUCGUGCUGCUCAGAUCCGUAUGAUUGAACAGGCUCUCACUUUUGCUUCUCUUAAUGAAGAUGCAACGAAGAAACCAACGUCCAUAGUUGAUGUUGGAUGUGGGAUAGGAGGCAGUUCUAGGUACCUUGCAAAGAAAUAUGGUGCUCAAGCUAAAGGUAUCACUUUGAGUCCUGUACAAGCACAGAGGGCCCAAGCUCUUGCUGAUGCUCAAGGAUUAGGCGAUAAGGUUUCUUUUCAAGUUGCAGACGCCUUGAAUCAGCCAUUUCCAGAUGGGCAAUUCGACUUGGUUUGGUCCAUGGAGAGCGGAGAACACAUGCCGGACAAAGAAAAGUUUGUUGGCGAAUUAGCUCGAGUGGCAGCACCAGGAGGCACAAUCAUCCUAGUUACAUGGUGCCACAGGGAUCUUUCCCCUUCGGAGGAAUCUCUCCUUCCAGAGGAGAAAGAACUGUUAAAUAAGAUAUGUAAAUCCUUCUAUCUUCCCGCAUGGUGUUCCACUGCUGAUUACGUGAAGUUACUUCAAUCUAACUCUCUUCAGGAUAUUAAGGCAGCAGAUUGGUCUGAGAAUGUAGCUCCAUUUUGGCCAGCAGUUAUAAAAUCCGCACUGACAUGGAAGGGAUUCACAUCAGUAAUACGCAGUGGAUGGAAGACAAUCAAAGCUGCACUGGCAAUGCCACUGAUGAUUGAAGGAUACAAGAAAGGUCUCAUUAAAUUUGCCAUCAUCACAUGUCGAAAACCUGAAUAAUUGUUUGCUUGGCUGUUGAUUAAUAAACAUUGAUGGAUCUUGGAAGAAAAAUAAACUAUCUACUUAGGCACAGGAAAUGCAACAUUUGAAUGAACUCCAGAUUGCAAGCUGAAGAAAUGACUUUGAGGCAGACCUCAAGAUAGACUAUACCACAGGCAUUUUCAGGAGACUACACCAGCUUUAGUAAUCCAUUCAUUAACAUAUUAUUAUUGUGCAAUAUGUUCAAAAUAAAAAUUCUACAGCCAUCUCAUAAAGUUCUGCUUUGUACGGUACCAAUCAUCAAAAGUGUAUUGACAUUAUUUCUUCAGGGGAAAGAUCAAGGGUCUCUAGUGCUAAGAAGAA